GGGCCGGUCGGGCUGACGUAGUGCACAUCUCUGCCCGUGUGGCGACGGCCGGCCGUUGGAUCGCUCUCGCCCUCACAGCUGGCAAAUGGAUUAAUGUCCCCGACUCGGCUGCCCUGAACUCCCGACAGCAAUGAGCUGGAUUUUCCCGGUGUCAAAGGGCGGCGGCGGCGGCGGCGGCCACCUGCCGCCUCUCACUAACUUACAGCAACAGCGCCAGCGGCAGAUCGAGUCGGUGAAGAGCUCGCACAGUGGUGUAGUGGAAAUACAGAAGGAUGUGGAAUACAGGCUGCCUUUUACAGUAAAUAAUAAAACUAUCAAUUUAAACAUCUUGCUUCCUCCUCAGUUUCCACAAGAAAAGCCUGUGAUUUCUGUCUUCCCUCCAGUGCGGCAUCAUUUAGUGGACAAGCAAAUGGGCACAAUGGUGACAAGCCCAAUGAUCACAAAUUUCACAAUGCAUUCAGACCUUGGAAAAAUUAUUCAGACAAUCCUUGAUGAAUUUUGGAAGAACCCUCCAGUGUUGGCCUCCAGUUCAUCAUCCUUUCCCUACUGUUUCAGUAGCCCUCCUGGAAUGACUUCUUACCCUCCCCAAGGAUUUUCAUAUAUUAGUCCCUAUCCUACUCAGGAGUCGACUGUGCCUUGUAUUGCGGAUUCAGGCCCUGGCUUUAAUAGUCCCAAACCUGCUGCUCCUGCAUAUGGAUUGAUUACAGAUCUACCUUUACCUGUACCUACUACUGACACAUCAGAACAGUUAAGUUUGAAUGGUCAUAGUUACAAGAUGCCAGAUCUACCUGACCACUUCUCAGAGCUCCACGAACUUAGUAUUUCACAGUUGACUGAUUUAAAUGAAAAUGAGGACCUGCUCCUAGGGCAUUUCAUGGGUUUGCCACAACUGAAGCAGAUAUGCACUGACAAAGAUGAUCUGGUUAGCUACAUUGAAGAGCUGGCAAAAAGAAAUCUUCAACUUGAACCUCAUUUGGAAACGGAAAGACAAGAUCUAUUAAUCAAAAAUGAUCAACUAACUCAACUCAAAAGCACCUUUGAAAAAAAGAUGCAAAGACAGCAUGAACUGAGUGAGAGUUGCAGCUUAAGUGCCCUGCAAGCCAGGUUGAAAGUUGCAGCUCAUCAGGCAGAAGAGGAAUCGGAAGUGAUUGCUGAGGAAUUCCUUGAGGGCAAGGUUGAAAUAGAUGAUUUUCUCAGCAGCUUCAUGGAAAAAAGAACACUUUGUCAUUGCCGACGAGCUAAAGAAGAGAAGCUUCAGCAUUUGAUGACACAACGUGGGCAAUUUCACACACUAUAGACCUCUUUGUAGGACAAAGAAUAAAAAUGAGGGAAGAGUACAAGGGAGUACACAACUACACCUUCCAACUAGUCUCUUCAAGCAUCGUCCAGUAUCCUGCAUACAUCCUUGGGUUAUGUGAUUGUUAAAGCAAACAAGGCAUUUCACUGUUUAUCUGCACUUCAGUUAAGUUUCACUCACCAUAAACUGUUGACUGUUCUGAAGAUAAUAUGAAAUGAGAUGCAUAAAAUAAUGAACCUACUAAUUUGUUUACAAUUAAAUAAUUAAACUAUUUGAUUGCUACAUUAUGUAGCUUCUGGUCCGGUGUCCUUUACAUAUUUUCUCCCUUACCUAUUAGGAACAAUAGUUAAGUUAGUUAAAGUUUGUCCCGAGCCU